UCCUGUCUUUCUGUCACUCGAUGUUGGGGGAACGACCCAGAGAACGGAAUCCGUGUGGACCCUCCCCUUAUUUCUGCCGAAAGCCCCGAAUCGUGCGCUCGACCAUCCGGGAGUUUUUGGCACCUGAUGUCGUCUUGCGUCCAGUUUGGGGUCAACCUUGCCUCCGAUGACUCCCUGGUGUCCUGUGAGAAAUUGGAGAACCCGAAGUUUGUUGGCCAUGGCGGGUUUGGUGCGGUGUUCCGGGCACAGCAUAGGACCUGGGGCCAUGAUGUUGCGGUCAAGAUCGUGGACUCGGAGGAGAUAUCCAAGGAGGUAAAGGCCAUGGCCAAGCUUCGUAAUGAUUACGUGCUGCCCCUGCUGGGGGUCACUGAAGCCCUGCAUUGGGACCACAUAUCCGGGCCAGCUCUGGUGACUAGAUUCAUGGAGAACGGCUCCCUCACUGGGCUGCUGCAGCCUGAGUGGUCUCCUGAGCGCCCUCGGCCCUGGCCUCUUUGCUGCCGCCUAUUACACGAAGUGGUGCUGGGAAUGAGUUAUCUGCAUGAUCUGGAACUUCUGCACAGGGAUCUCAAACCCUCAAAUGUCCUGCUGGACUCGGAGCUUCAUGCCAAGCUGGCAGAUUUUGGACUAUCUCGAUUUCAGGGAAAGUCACUGUCAGGGGCAGGAUCUCUGGAGUCAGGAGGCACCCUAGCCUAUUUAGCCCCAGAACUGUUAGCUAAUGUAAACCAGAAAGCUUCCAAAGCCAGUGAUAUAUACAGCUUUGGAAUCCUCAUGUGGGCGGUGCUAGCUGGAAGAGAAGCAGAGUUUGUGUCUGAGUCACUAAUCUGUGAUCAAGUCAGUGGACGGCACAUCCGACCCCCACUGUCAGAGUUGCCUCCAUCCAGCCCUGAGACUCGUGGCCUGGAAGAACUGAAGGAGUUGAUGCAGCGCUGCUGGAGCCAUGAGCCCAGUGAGAGGCCCGACUUCCUGGACUGCCAACCAAAAACCAAAGAAGCUUGCUCCUUCGUUCAGGACAAGAUGGAUGCCACUGUCCUCAUGGUGAAGACAUUUCUAUCUAAGGAUAGGAACAGCAACUGGAGCUUGUCUGUUCCAGAACUGGACCAGAGAGGACCAGAAAUGGAUGGCUGGGAGACAAAAACUACUAGAAGCCAGUGCUCUUCAACUGGGUCCACAGUUUCUGAAAUGUUAAACAGCCUGACUCUAAAUAGAGUUCCCAGCGCAUAUCCUGAAAAAGGCACAAGACUUACUAAGGAGAGUACAGCACAGGAAGAGAAGGGCUGGCAUUCUGGGAGAGUAGGAACAUCUGCAGAUUCAAUGGCCAGAACUCCUCAAAUACCCGAGACCUUACAUUUUAGAAACCACAUGCCUAGAUCCACUCCAGGACCUGGCCACCAAAGGAAUCAGGGGGCUCAGAGAAAUGAUGGCAACUGUUCCUCCAGGACCUCAAGCCCAGGGUCUAUGACCUUCUCCCACUGUGUUGGGGUGCAGAUUGGAAGCCACAACGAAAUGACUGUACCUCUGAGACCUGACUUUCCUACGCAGAGCCCAGCACCAUCUCCCAUGCGUAGGGGUUGGCAGCCCCCCUACAAGUAGGUUCAACAGAAAGCCUGCAAGAACCUAUGCCAGAGUGGGGCCACACAGAAAUCACAAUGGAAUAAAAGCAAAAGCUAAGCUGCCAGCAAGAGUCAAAACAGCCAGCGUCACCUUCUCAACAUUUGUCUGCGAAGACUGUCAAACUAGUGCCCAAACUUGAUGUAACUAAGCCCUCAGGAAACAAUAAAUGUAUUUGAAUGCCA